UUUCGUUGGGGUGGAGCUAUUGAAAACAAAUGGACGGUGAUCCUCUCGUCCAGUCGGGCGUUUCUUCAUUCUCCGAACGCUCGUCUCGUUCAGAUGUAUCAAAACGACGUUUUGGUCCUUGCGUGUCUCCUGGUGUGCUCGCAGUGAUAAUGCUGCUGCUUGUUCAAAUGUUGGAGCGUGUGGCAUACUAUACGAUCACCAACAACAUCGAGCCCUACAUUCAUACCUAUCUCCAUACAUUUGAGUUAGGCCAAGAGAGCGCAUUGUUGUCAACUGUAAUUGUGGGGACAACGUGGAUACUAUCUCCUCUGUAUGGCUGGCUCAGUGAUUCUCGAUUCGGUCACUACCCUGUUCUUGUCGGAUGCUUGGCAGCAUACUUACUUGGAGCAGGAUUGAUCUUGUCAUCAGCUAUUGCCUUUGCAUUUUCCAACAUGGCGCUUGCCCGAGGUCUCUACUAUCCAGGUUGUGUGUGUUUGCUCUUGUGGGUUCGCCUGGAAUUCGUGCCACUGCUGUGCCUUUCAUACUGGAACAACUGACAGCAGGAACAGAACAGCGAAACAAAU